GUGGCGGUAUGCCCCUGUUCAAGUACUUCUAGCCGCAAUGAAUGACUGAAGAAGACCAACCGAACAUCACCAGUCGGAAAAGAUGGCGGGGACUUUGAAAGAGAAACUGUUGGCUGAACGCGUAUACAGUAAGCUACAGUGCCUGGGGUGCCCCCUGGUGGAAGGGCUGUUUUUGCAGGAAGCGGGCGGUAUGAUAGGCCUGCUGUGCACCCCCUCUUUGCACCGUACGGAUAUUCUCAAAUGGAUCUGUGGCAGCUGUUGUCCAUCGCUGAAGGAGAAGUUUUCCACUCUUAAAUCAACACAGACUGACACGCUGACUCAAGAGAUGGUGCGCUUCGGCCACGAGAUGAUGCUCUGUGGGCCUGAUGACCUGGAUCUCAUAAAGGGCUUGGCUCCGCCUCUGCGCCAGCUUCACUUCAUGGAGCAGCUGCUCGCCCUGGUCCCAGAAAAACAGGCUGACUGUGCAGAGCUGAGUGUUGGGGAGGUGCUGGUGAGGGGAGAGGAGUUUUUGGGGGAGCUGAUGUCCGUGCCCCACAUGGCCCAGCUCAACGCGCUCCUGAACCCCGACUGCAGCCCCUGGAGCGCUGACCUCAGGGAGAUGCUCCGCCGCAGAGCCCCCCCGGGGAAGACGGGUGAGAGGUCAGUGUGCUCAAAGCCCGAUGAAGACGCUGUGGCCCAGGCGAGCGCUCUGCUGCAGUCAACUCAGUGUGUGCUGGAGGAUCUGCGCAAAGAAUGUGUGUUCCUGCAGUCGGGGGGCGUGGCUCCCAGGCCCGGCCUCUCCCCCUGUGCUCUGCGAUUGGCCAUUUCAGACCUGUCUCAGCUGAUGUCAGCGUUCAGUCAGUCCUUCAACACGGAGUUAAAAGGCUACUGCCAGCGGGGGCCCCCGGCCCUCUCCCCCCACGCACAGAGCUUCCACAGCGUGCACCAGCUGCUGCUCACCUGCAGCCAGGAGCUGCAGGCUCUUCAGCAGCUGUCAGACACGUCCAGCGCUGUGUCAGCGACCGUCAAGCACAUGCAGACAGACAGGAAGUACUGGGGAGACGGACAGAAAUACACGCUGCCUGCCAGACUGGACGGGCUGAAGAAAAAAUACACAGAGUUCCUGUCCCUGCAUGCAGCGUGACGGGGGACCAGGCAGUGCUGCAGUGCAUUCUGGGACAGAGUCCACCUGCAGCCUGGAAUAUACCCCCACCACGUUACACUCUGGACGAGAGAAAGCACCCACUGCACCUGGACACAGAGAGAAUACACACACCGCGUCUUUAACACCCAGACUGUUGUAUCAGUUUUGAACAAAAACAAAAAGCCCCCAGCAUCUUAUCGCUGUGGGACCGAGUUCCACACAUUAGCUGAAGACGCAGCGGGACAAAGCACACUCAUCGCUCACGUCCUACUGCGAGAAGGUUUCCCCAUUAUGUUACUCAUGUAGUGCACUCCAAACUCAACGGUCUUCUGUAUGCCAGUAAUGGUCUGAUACUUUUGCAUUUUUGUUUCUGUACAAACCCCCUGAACCUGUAGUCCCAGCCCAUGAGGUGGUGACAUCACUAAUGCAGCGUAGGGUACGGGCUCUGUGUCUGAUGGGGAGUUUGAUUUGAAAUGCUUUCCUGUGCAGUGCUGAUGUUGGAUGAGCUGAUGUUGGAUGAGCUGGUGUUGGAUGAGCUGAUGUUGGAUGAGCUGACGUUGGAUGAGCUGACGUUGGAUGAGCUGACGUUGGAUGAGCUGGUGUUGGAUGAGCUGAUGUUGGAUGAGCUGGUGUUGGGUGAGCUGGUGUUGGAUGAGCUGAUGUUGGAUGAGCUGGUGUUGGAUGAGCUGAUGUUGGAUGUGCUGGUGUUGGUUGAGCUGAUGUUGGAUGAGCUGGUGUUGGGUGAGCUGGUGUUGGAUGAGCUGGUGUUGGGUGAGCUGGUGUUGGGUGAGCUGGUGUUGAGGCGGCCAUGGCGGUCUCCGCGUAUCCCCCCACGUCUCUGUCCUCCGCCUGAUUGGGCGACUCUGAUGCGUGCGCUUCUGCAGUGGCUGCGGGUCACCAGCGUGAGCCGCACGCUGUCGAACCGCUGGUGUGGGCCGCUGAGUCAUUCCCUCAUUUCAGUUUGCUUUUUAUUCUGGAAAGAAUUAUUUCACCUUAUUAUUUCAAACCUUCUGACCAUUUUUAUUAUAAUUGUUAUUUUUUGCGUAGUUGUGAUGAGGAUGUAUGUCUGUGUGCUCGUUACCGCUCGGUGUGGGAGACGGUUGAUUGGUCGCGCUGGAGGAAGCAGUUCGGGGAUCUGUGACGCUGUAAGGCUGGGGUCGGUGGAUGCAUCCGGCCGUAUGAAGGCAUUCUGACACCGGGGGGCGCUGUGCACCGCACUCAGGAGGUUUUUAGUUUCCCCGUCCUGUGUGCGCAGAGGGGAGAGAACGUGGGGCUGCACGCGGGGAAGAGGCUGGAGAACCUGAAAUUUGUUCAUGUCCCUUGUGCAUUUGUGUGUGUUUGUGGUGGUGUAAGUGUGUGUGUGUGUGUGUGUGUGUGUGUGUGUGAGUGAGGUGUAUUAGAUCAGAGGUAUGUCACCAGUCCCUGGUCUCAUUAGUCAGGUGAAAUUAAAUGUAAUUAAGGUGGAAAGAUUGCAGCUGGGUCUUUGUGAGGGGCGACAGUUAUUAAUAUCAGUCAGAAAUAAUGAAUCCCCUGUGCGUAAGAAUGAGUCCUCUGUGAUUCAUUCUCUCACGCCGAUGAUUCAUUCUUGUGCAUGAGCGAUUCAUUCCCACGCACGGGCGAUUCAUUCCCACGCACGGGCGAUUCAUUCCCACGCACGGGCGAUUCAUUCCCACGCACGGGCGAUUCAUUCUGGCACUCUGGGGAUUCAUUCCCACGCACGGGCGAUUCAUUCUGGCACUCUGGCGAUUCAUUCUCGCGCACAGGCGAUUCGUUCCCGCGCCCAGGCGAUUCAUCGGAUUCAAUCGGCUGCCCAUGAGAGUGACUCUGUGCCGCGAGACGGCUGUCCUGGUGCUGGAACGCUGUUGUGUGUGUCUGUGCACAUAGGGCAGUGCCGGUAACCGUGGUAACAUGACCCUGUGACUGAAAAAACCGUCAGUUAAAGGUGAUUCAUUUGUUUAUUUUUCUCAUACCGUGGCAACACGCUAGCCCAGCUGCUAUUUCCGCGCGACAUGCAACAGCGUAUGAAUAUGCGGGGUGCUGGCCUUCGUUAAGAGCGCGUUUACUCUGAUAUUCUGCUCCUCAAGUAGAAAUGCAGCGGCUCGGACGCUUAUUCGCGUCAGCUGUUCUUCUGACUGUUUACUUUUGUAGAUUUAUUAUUUUGGUUUUAUUAAUUACUUGUAUUGCAAUACUGCUGAUUAUAAUAGCAACUAAUCAGUGUAAUUAAAAAAAGUAAUACAUGUGUGCAACACUCUGUUGUGUUAAAAUCUUCUAAAUAAAAGCUGAACGGAGUAAAAUGG